AUGGCGCACGCGAAGCAGCAUGAGAAUCUGUUACUUACGGAACACUUCACUUGGCCACCUAUUUCCCUUAUCGACGACAUCAUCAACACAGUCAAUGACUCGCUAUACAGCUGUAAUGACACGCUCGAGACGGGCUUGCUAUCCGCCGACCCCUCCUUCUUAGGAUUCACACCGCGGCUAGACGAAAGCGAGGAGCAGACGCACGAGCGGGCAAGAUUGGAGAUCGAGGAGGGCGCGCAGAAACUCGAGACCCUAAUGAUAGACGCGGUGGAUAGAAAUUUCGAUAGGUUAGAGAUUUGGACGCUCAGGAAUGUGCUGUGUUUGCCGCGCGAGGAGGGGUUUGAGAAUUGGGUGCGGUUGAGCCAUUAUGAGGGUUUGAAGAUCCCACCAAAGAACAACACACUCACGCCAGAAGCACUUUAUGCCCUCCGUCGUAAACUCGUUGAAACGAGCAAACUCCACGCCGCCCUCGUCACAGAAAGGACCCGCAACGAAGUGCAAAUAGCCCGCCUGCGUGCGCUCUUCACCCCCCCGAAACAGGUCCCUCGCUCUUCGACAGCGUCUGAGAAAGACAAAAGCGAAGCGCAAGGCACCGCACCCUUCGCCUUCCUCACGCACGCCCCCGCCGCGCAAGCCCUCGGCGUACAAGCCCUCCCUCUGCCUACCACAUCGACGAAGCCAGAAUCAAGAACACCCCUCACAACGCAUACAACCUUCACAACGAGCCAACUCCCACAUCUGCGACAGCUUCUCGCGCAGCUGAAACCGCACCUCGCUUCAAGUGCACUGCCUUCUGGCAAGUCGGGAGAGAGCGAAGAGCGCGCAAAGGAGAGGAGAGUAUAUAUUGAAAGUCAGAGUCGGAGGGUGCUGGAGAGGAGGGGAGUGGAUACUAGAGAUGGGGUUGAGGGGAAUGUGGAGGGGAGCAGGGUGAGGGUUGAAGAAUUAAGUGCGUUGGAGGGCAUUGUGGGGACUUUAGAUACUGAUAGGACAGAAGAUGGCGAGGCUAUGGAUACGUCGUGA